AUGUGUUUCGUCUGUGUUCUGAUUGGUCAGGCGGUGCGGUUCGUGCAGACGGCGUCCGCGGUUCAGCCCAGAAUCAAGAGCUUCCAGAUCUACCGCUGGGACCCGGACCGCGCCGGAGACAAGCCUCGCAUGCAGACGUACGAGAUCGACCUGAACACCUGCGGGCCGAUGGUUCUGGACGCGCUCAUCAAGAUCAAGAACGAGAUGGACGGCACACUGACCUUCAGACGCUCCUGCAGAGAGGGAAUCUGCGGGUCUUGCGCGAUGAAUAUCAACGGUGGAAACACUCUGGCGUGUCUGAACAAGAUCGACACUAACACCAGCAAGGUGUCGAAGAUCUACCCGCUGCCGCACAUGUAUGUGGUCAAAGACCUGGUGCCGGACAUGAGCAACUUCUACGCUCAGUACAAGUCCAUCGAGCCGUACCUGAAGAAGAAGGACGAGUCCAGACAGGGACAGCAGCAGUACCUGCAGAGCGUGGAGGACCGGCAGAAACUGGACGGUCUGUACGAGUGUAUCCUCUGUGCCUGCUGCAGCACCAGCUGUCCGAGCUACUGGUGGAACGGAGACAAGUAUCUGGGUCCAGCCGUCCUCAUGCAGGCGUACCGCUGGAUGAUCGACUCUCGUGAUGAUUACACCGAGGAGAGGCUCUCCAAGCUCCAGGACCCCUUCUCUCUGUACCGCUGCCACACCAUCAUGAACUGCACCAGAACCUGCCCGAAGGGUUUGAAUCCAGGCUUAGCCAUCGCCGAGAUCAAGAAGAUGAUGGCCAGCUACAAAGAGAAGACGACGGCGUCGGCAUGAACCACAUCAGUCCUGCAAUAUUAUUGUGUUUCUGCCCAUCACUCCAUACAGACACGUGUUCGUUGUUUCAGAGUUUAAGCUUGUAGAGCACCAUGUGCUGUCUUCACUGAUUUCUGUUCUACAGACACCAUCGAGCGUUUGAUGGACGCUCUCCUCGAGUCUCACUAAGAGUCUUCCUCCUGCUAAAAUAAUAAUAAAGUGAUUAUAACAUCGA